AUGAAAACAUUCAAAUUCUAUGAACAGACAGGAGCUAAUGCAUCUGCAGUUAAUGAAUAUGCUUUGGUGAAAAGGCAGUCGGAUGGAAUAAGCAUCUUGCUAACUGUGCUUCUGUCUUUAAUCGUUGCUCUCAUAGUUUUAGGUAACAGUGUUGUUAUAUUGGCUUUCAUUGUGGAUAGAAGACUCAGAAAUCGCAGUAACUUCUUUCUCCUAAACCUGUCCAUUUGUGAUUUUUUAGUAGGAGCCAUCUCCAUCUCCAUGUAUAUACCAUUCAAGUUUACAGGGAAAUGGAUGCUUGGAAAGUUUCUCUGCAAACUGUGGGUAACAAUUGACUAUGCAGCAACCACUGCUUCUGCCUACAGUGUCGCUCUCAUCAGUUAUGACAGAUUUCUUUCUGUCAACAAGGCUGUUUUACAUCGCUCUCUACAAAAAAGACACAGUCAGACAGCGCUCAAUAUGAUCCUAGUUUGGUUUUGUUCUUUUAUUAUCUAUGGACCAGCAGUUCUUCUGUGGGAGACCAUUACCGGUACCAAUAACCUUCCAGAGGACAGCUGUCGUGCUGGGUUUCUUGAAACAUGGUAUUUUAUUCUUGGUGCAUCUACUUUAGAUUUCAUCCUCCCACUUCUCAGUAUUUCAUUUUUUAAUUUAAGUAUCUACCUAGCAAUUAUAAAACGCAGCACAAAGAGACAAGAUUAUGCCCUAUCUAGUUCUGCUAAAGAAAAAGCAAAGGAUAAAAUGCCCUUUUCCAUAGCAAACAAUAUUGUCCUUUUAUCACCUCAGACAAAUGUGAAAGGGGACAAUAACUCAGUCCCAUGCAUGGAUCUUAAGAUCACUUCAAACUCUUCCCAGAACCCUGAAAGAUGUAACAGGCAAAAUGACAGUAAUAAACUUUCCCAGGACAAGAAGGCUGCAAAAUCUCUGGCAAUUUUGGUUUCUGUUUUCAUUUUUUGCUGGACUCCUUAUUCAUUGGUUGCGUGUAUCCGUGCUGUCUGCCAUGGGGUUAUCAAGAAAAAAAGAACUAAUAUCAAUCUGCUGCAGAGGUGUUCAUCAUGA